AUAUAAUAUGCAUUUUGGUGCAUUAUCACGCGAAUCAACCAUAUGGGAUUGAGUUACAACGGAAACAAUUCUGAAUAAGUAAAACGGACCGCCAACGCCGGACAUGUUCGACGUGGUCAAAGGUGGCGGCGACGGCAGAGGCAGCGACAGCGGUGGUGGCGGUAGCAACGGCGGCGGUCACAUGGACGUCAAAGUGGUGUACGCCAACGCGAACGGGACGCUGUCCAUACUGCCCGACGCGGCGGCCGGCGCGUCGCCGUUGCGCCCGUCGUCCGUGUCGUUGGCCGCGGCGUACCUGACUCUGUCGUCUGCGGCCAUCGCGUCCAACGUUAUGGUGCUGUCGGGCAUCGUCACCGCGGACAGGCUGCGGUCGCCGUACGCGGUGCUCGUGUCCGCGUUGUGCCUGCAGUGCGCCAUAGACGCCACGGUCGGCCACUGCGCCACCACAAGGGAGCUGUUGGCCGGCGGCGGCGGCGGGGGGGCCACCAUGUGCCGCGGCGUGGCCACCGUAACGGCCGCCCUGUCAGCCGUCGAGCUGGUCACGUUCGCCGCGCUCGCGUGUCUCAACACGUUCGUCCGGUCCGACUACGCCGAUCUGCCCCUGUCUGCCGCCGCCGCCCUGUGGGCCGCCCCUUCCAUGUACACGUACGUCAUACUCACUCCCACGCUGCUGUUCACCACGCGAUAUUUUCCGUCCAGGAGUCGUUGCGGUUUCAUUGCAAACACAACUGGAUGGUUUUACCCAUCUUUAUUGAUUGUUUUCAGCUUUAUGAUACCUUGGUCGAUUUCGUUUUAUUUUGUAUUUGUAUCCCGUCCUUCAACAAUCACCGAAUCGGCAGAUGUCAUAGUGACACCCAUCCAAACAAAAAGCCAAAUCAACCUUGUACCGUCCAAAUUAAUUUUUGCGUCUUAUACAAUUCUCGUAACACCAAGUCUUAUUUCGUCUUAUGUUUAUCUUUAUAACAAUCCGGAUGUCAAUCCUUGGGCCGAAAACGAAGCACCAGAAGAUAUCUUAGAUGGUUACUUAUCAAAAUUGCCAAUUCUGUUUGACGUAUUUGUCCCGCUGGUGCUCAUAUACUAUCAUAAAGUGUUCAGAAAAAAAUGUAGGGAAUUGUACUUGCAUGGGUUUCGAAAUUCCGUAUCAGACGACCGUCAAAUCUCAAUUGAAAGACUGAGACGAUCUAGAAAAAACGAACGUUUGGCAGAUGAUGCACCCGUAUUAUUUCUCGAACAGUCGGGCAUGAUAAGCGUUAGGUUUCCGAGUGAAGACGGCUUUAUGAUUAAGGUAUGCGAUUUAAGUCAAAAAGAGGACAAUUCAAAUGGGAAAAAAGAAGUCCGUUUUUCGAAAAGAGUUAGUAAAGCUCCCUAUGUAAGCUAUAGUACAAGAAAACCAAGGGACGAAGAAUCGAGCCUUUGAAAGGAAUAUUUAAAUAUUUAAAAAGUUAAGAAUAACGUAAGACCUUGCCAGUUCGACUUACGGGCGUAUAUCGAUUCCGCUGAUGUUAUAUAUUGACUCCGCCGACUAUACUGUUUAUAAUAUCUACAUAUUGAUUAUACCAGCUAUUAAUUAAUAAUUAACAUUAAAGCACUAUUUUUGCUAUUUUGUUGAAUAAAUGUUUUUACAACCAACAGUUUAUCUAAA